AUGGCCUGGCAGUCUCCAAACGCCAUGGGCAAUGCCGGCGCCCAGGGCGGAGCGGAGAACCAAGGCCCCGUCGGGACCGAGUAUACGUUGCAGGGUGUAAUGCGCUUCCUCCAAAUCGAAUGGCACAACCACGAGCGAGCCCGGAACGCCUGGGACAUUGAACGCGCCGAGAUGAAGGCAAAGAUCGCGAAGCAGGAGGGUGAGGUGCGCAGCGCCAAGAAGCUCAACGAGCAGUUGGAAAAGCACAUCAAGAUGCUGGAACACGCAUUGAAAAACGAGCGCGCCAAGGCCAAGGGCGGCGCGGCCGCGGACAAAGCAGACCAGGACAAGUCAGACGCCAAAGGCAAGGGCAGCAUGAGCCCGGAUUCCAAGCGGAAAUCUCUCAACAAACAGCACAACUCUUUCUUGGAUGUUGGACCCGAAUCGCACGACCCGUCCGAGGCGGAGAGGGAAGCUCAGCGCGACAAAUCCCGCGUCUUCCUCACCAAAUGCGUCGAGGAGAUCUCAUACUUGCUCCAGCCUCCGUCCCACCCGCCGCCUGCCCAAGCCCAGAUGCAAACUCUUGCGAACCCUGCCUUUAUGCAACAAGGUGACGCGCCUCUUCCUAUGGAGGAGCUUUACAUGCAACAGCAGCGGCAGAAGCAACAGGCCGCCAUGGGCAUACCGCCUCAGGCUGCGAUGCCGAACCACCACCCUCCGCCGAUCCCCACGCUGGGCCCCGACAUGCAGAACCUUGCGCAUCACCAACAGAUGCCGCAACAAGCGGCUUUCAUGUCUAGAGAACCUUCCAGUUCGCAGAUUUUGUCUCAAGCGCCGAUUCCUGAAACCUCCCAGCCACAAUACCAGGAACCCGAGCCCAGCUUUCCCGCAAUGCCCGAAGAAGAGGUCGAAAAAGUCACGCACAGCUACGAUACUUAUGGCAGGCCGGUAACCGCAAGAGAAGGCGAGGGGGCCGGCGCACGCACUACGGUCAUAGAUGAUCCCAACGGAUGGAAUUUUGAAGAGACAACGCCGGCACCGGAGCCGCCACCCGAGGUUCCACCUCCUAGACGGCCCGACACGGACGCUUUUCCCAGCGCCAAUAGCAUCCCCGCAAAAUCGCCUCCAAGAUCCGGACCGCACUCGCACCGCAGGAAGAGCUCCGGGGCCGGUUCGAUGUCGCGGCGGAGGAGCUCAGGCCAAGAACUGGAAGGUGCCGCAGCUGCAGCCGCCAAGGCCGAUUUGCAGCAGUUCAAGGUCCGGUUCGCUCUGAGGGGUCAUCUCGAUGUCGUGCGUUCAGUCAUGUUCACCGGAGGCGGCAGCCCGGCGGAGCCCGAAAUCUGCACUGCUGGCGAUGACGGCAUGAUCAAAAGGUGGAUAAUACCAGCAAGCUACGGCGGCCCACACAUGGGCAACGAUCUCGAUAUUCAAAGCUACUUCAGCCACAGGGGCCAUGAGGGCGUUGUUACCUGCCUUGCCGCAUCAAAUGCCAACUUCUCCACUGGUGGACGCGCCACGGGUGACGGAUGGAUCUAUUCCGGAGGUCAGGACGCCACGGUGAGAGUGUGGGAGCGCGGACGGGUCGAUCCGAAGGCGACCCUGGUCGGCCAUACAGACGCGGUUUGGGCAGUGUGCGUUCUUCCGACGACGUGCGGCCAGCUUUUCGGCGCAGAGAGCGCCAAAUACGGUGGCCCCGACCGCGUCCUACUCGCCUCUGGCUCGGCCGAUGGCACGGUCAAGAUCUGGGCGGUCAGCGCGCCCCCGCAACUGGCAUCACCCCCGACCGGCUCGAGGCGUGGUGUUGGUGGCAGCCGCAGGCACUCCGUGACUUCGGGCUCGAAUUUCCCCUCGUCCCCUCAGCCGAGCGUGGCCACUGCAACGCCCUUCCACUAUACCCUCGUGCACAGCAUAAAAAAUGCCAACGACCACUCACCCACAUGCAUUGCUCCCCUCUCCAAGACUGGCGAGACGAUUGUCGUCUCCUACUCGGAUUCCUCGAUCCUCAUUUUCGACACCAGGACUGGCAACGAAAUCAUCGGCAUGGCCAGCAGCGAGACGUACGACGGCACGCGGAAGACGGGCAUCAACACGGUCGUGGCGGCGCCGUCGAUCGAAGGCACGUCGAGUGGUGGGCCGGGCGACGAAGAAGGCGGCCUGCACGGCGCGACGGGCACGACAGGCGGCGUCGAGGGCGUCGUGGUCAGCGGACACGAAGAUCGGUUCAUCCGGUUCUUCGACGCCAAUAGCGGCCAAUGCACGUACUCGAUGCUUGCGCACCCGGCGGCUAUCAGCGCGCUGCAUCUUUCGCCCGACGGGCGCGAGGCCGUCUCCGCGGGCCAUGACGCCUCGAUCCGCUUCUGGAGCUUGGAGAAGCGCAUCUGCACGCAGGAGAUCAGCAGCCAUCGCAUCAUGCGCGGCGAGGGCGUGUGCAGCGUCGUGUGGAGCCAGGACGGAAGGCUCGUUGUGUCUGCGGGCGGCGAUGGCGUCGUCAAGGUGUUUGUACGGUCGUAG